ACCUUCUCAAGCCUCGCCCCUGCCCUUAAUUCUCGCAGCUUCCGCCGUGCGGGCUCAGAGCCACGCGGCGCGCCCGCGAGCUGCCCCAGGGACCGGUGGCCGUUACCUCCCAGGGUCCCGGACCGCAGCCUUCCGCACUCAGGGGCUUGGAUCUCCCCUCCCAGACGCAAAAGCCUAGCUCCCCUCUUCCCGGAGCUCUUGUCUCCCGUCCCCCAGGUUCAAGCUUCCCAGCCUCCGUUUCCAGGACCCCGGCGCCCCGGAUCCCUGCCUCCCGGAUCGGCGCUACCGGGACGUGGCCUCUUGAGGACCUCUGCCACUUGGACGCCUUCAGCCUUCCAGAGCCCAAGAACCCCUGUCCCAGCCUGAUACACUCCUGUAUUCCCAUCCCUAGGGCCGAGAAACCCAGGGGCUCCCAGCUUUCGGGCGCAGGACACAACCUGGGAGAGCAGAGGAGCCUCGGCGCCCAGCUUCGGGAUCUCAGACACUCCAGCUUCCACGAGCCAAGGAACCCCGGCGCUGUGAACUCCCAACUCCAAGGAACCCUCCAAAGUUCCGGCCUCUGGGCUGUGUUACAAAACUCUCCGUUCUAAGGAACGUCGGCGUUCCAGGAAGGAGCCCCCCAAGCGCUCGCAGCUUCCAGACGCCGCAGAACUCCGGGGGGGCGUUCCAACAUGGUGGCCGAUCCCCCGCGCGGAGACCCCAAGGGGUUCGAGGCGGCCGAGCCCACCGGGAACGGUGCCCCGACGUUGCUCCCUAAAGAGGACCCCGACCCGGCAGGAGGCCGCUGCUGCGGUUCCCGGGAGCGGGUGCGCCGCUGCCUUCGCGCCAACCUGCUGGUGCUGCUGACGGUGGCGGCCGUGGUGGCAGGCGUGGCGCUGGGGCUGGGGGUCUCGGGGGCCGGUGGCGCGCUAGCGCUGGGCCCCGCGCGCCUGGCGGCCUUCGCCUUCCCCGGCGAGCUGCUGCUGCGCCUGCUGAAGAUGAUCAUCCUGCCGCUGGUGGUGUGCAGCCUGAUCGGCGGCGCCUCCAGCCUGGACUCGAGCGCGCUCGGCCGCCUGGGCGGCUGGGCGCUGCUCUUUUUCCUGGUCACCACGCUGCUGGCGUCCGCGCUCGGCGUGGGCUUGGCGCUGGCCCUGCGGCCGGGCGCCACCUUCGCCGCCAUCAACGCCUCGGUCGGCGCCACGGGCGCCGAGGAAGAGGCCCCCAGCAAGGAAGUCCUCGAUUCGUUCCUGGAUCUUGUGAGAAAUAUCUUCCCCUCCAACCUGGUGUCUGCAGCCUUCAGAUCAUACAGUACCAUCUAUGAAAGCAGAUGGAUCAACGGAACCAAGGUGAAGGUGCCCGUUGGGGAUGAGGUGGAUAGUAUGAACAUCCUGGGCCUGGUGGUAUUUGCCAUUAUCUUUGGCGUGGCCUUGCAGAAGCUGGGGCCCGAGGGAGAGCUGCUUAUUCGCUUCUUCAACUCCUUCAAUGACGCCACCAUGGUGCUGGUCUCCUGGAUCAUGUGCUCGGCCACGCUGCCGCUGAUGAUGAAGUGCGUGGAGGAGAGGAAUGGUGUCGCCAAGCACAUCAGCCGCUUCAUCCUACCCAUCGGUGCCACCGUCAACAUGGAUGGGGCGGCGCUCUUCCAGUGUGUGGCCGCAGUGUUCAUCGCUCAGCUCAACCAGCAACCCCUGGACUUUGUGAAGAUCAUCACCAUCCUGGUCACCGCCACGGCGUCCAGCGUGGGGGCCGCGGGCGUUCCGUCUGGAGGUGUUCUCACUCUGGCCAUCAUCCUGGAGGCAGUCAACCUGCCAGUUCACGACAUCUCCUUGAUCCUGGCUGUGGACUGGCUAGUGGACCGAUCCUGCACAGUCCUCAAUGUGGAAGGUGAUGCCUUUGGGGCGGGACUCCUCCAAAAUUACAUGGAUCGUGCAGAGAUGCGGAGUUCAGUGCCAGAGUUGAUCCAAGUGAAGAGUGAGAUGCCCCUGGCUCCACUGCCCGCCCCCACUGAGGAGGGGAACCCCCUCCUCAAACACCGCCUGGGAUCUGCUGGGGAUGCAGACCCCUGCGAGAAGGAGUCAGUUAUGUAAACCCCAUGGGGACUUUCCCUGCGCUGAUGGGGGCACUCUGGACAUUGGGAUUGUGAACCGGGGUUCUGGAGGCUCUUCCUGCUGCACACUUAAGGGAUCCAGGGUCCCAGCCUCUCUCCCUGACAUCAGAUCUGGGAGGCCUCGAUGCUGGGGUAUAGGCGUGUGUGUGUGUGUGUGUGUGUGUGUGUGUGUGUGUGUGUGUGUGUUUUGCGGCUCCAUGGUACAUCCCACCCUGUCCUCAGGCCCUCUGUUCCCUCCGCUGUAACAAACACUCCUGGGGACCCUGCCAGGGUGGGGGAGACUGAGGACAAAUACUGCUGUCACUCCAAAGGACAUUUUUUAGCAAUAAAACUAUCAAGUGUAUCUCCUCGGAUGUUUCUAAGACCAAAAGCAUGAGCCACACAGAAAAAAACCAAACGUGACAAGUCGGAAUCCACUGAAAUAAGAUACCUGUUUGUCAAAAAACACCAUUGAAGGGGCGCCCGGGUGGCUCAGUCGGUGAAGCGAUCUCGUAAAUGUUCCGUGUCUCGACGCGGGUGAUGCUCACACAGACGUAUACAUUUGGGGAAGUUCGCCUGCACACGUAAGAUGCGCGCGAUUUUACCCCACGUAAUGCCAUCUUGCAGCUGAAAAUGUACAACUCACUCCUGGGAAGAGACUGACUUUCUGCUGUAGCCACUUACGGGUACUUCCCUGAUACUUGAACUCUAUCCAAUAGAGGCAGUAAUGACCUGCUCUCUCCGCCCCCCCCUUUUUUAUUUAAACCAGAAUUUGCUGUUUGAAUAAAAAACCUGCCAUGCAA